AUGCGUCUCUCUGCAGCGCUGUAUUCCCCGCACCCCUGGCUCGCAUGCUUGAAAUCAGCGCAGUUGCAGCGCAUAGCGCGCGCAACGGGGAUCCAAUCGUCCGGCACGAAGGGUGUUCUCGUUGAGCGCAUUGCGGCGGAAUUGACGUUGCAGUCGCAGUCGCAGUCGCAGUCGCAGUCGCAAGUGUCGGCAAGUGGAGAUGGUGCUGUAGACACAGUCAGCGGGUCUGGUACCACUGUAUCCCAAGACCGACGACAGGUCGAACCCGGGUCGAUAUCAUCGGGAAUCAGAAUCAGACCGCGUUCAAGGCAAGACGCACUCCCAACGUCCAAUACAAAACCAUGGAGCAUCCUCAGCAUCGAUAUGGGCAUCCAAAACCUCGCGUUCGCACAUCUUCUCGUGCCGCGCUCUGAGUCCAAGGGGAUAAUAGAUGCCCAGCCAGCACUGGAGCUAACAGCCUGGCACCGGCUGGCCUUAUCCGAGAUAUCGACAUUGAGUUUACCCGGCUCUGACGAUGGUAUCGACAAACCCGUUAUCGGGGACCGUCGGACUAUCCCAGAAGCAGAAGCGGAAGUAGCAAAUGACCAACCUGCCAAAUCCAGACAAGAAAAGGAUAAACCCUCCUUCUCCCCGGACCUCUACGCCGCGGCCGCCUAUACCCUAAUCUCAUCACUCCUAACAGCCUACCGCCCAACACACGUGCUAAUAGAGCGCCAGCGUUUCCGCUCUGGUGGCGGUAGCGCGGUGCAAGAAUGGACGUUGCGCGUUGGCGUGCUGGAGGGCAUGCUGUAUGCUGUUUUGCAUACGCUGCGGCAUGAAGGGAAGUAUGCGGAUGUGGUGGUUGAAGGUGUUGAGCCGAAGCGGGUGGUUAGGUAUUGGCUUGAGGGUGAGGAGAAUGGAGAUAUGGAUAAGAAGGAGAAGGGGGAGAGACUUACUGCGCGGGAUGUCAAAAAGGCUAAGAUCGAUCUUGUUGGGAGGUGGAUUUCUGCCGCGAUUCUGGGUGCAGAUGGAUCCCAAGGGCUGGAGUCUGGUGUUGAGGGUAGUAAGAUUGUUCUUGCGGAUAGGGCUAGGUGUCCUGUUGUGCAUGGUGUUGCGGAUGCGUAUUUGCGGAAAUGGCAGGGUCGGAUGGUGAAGAAAGUCAAGGGGAGGGCGAAGAGUACUCGUGCGAGGACUUUGUCUUCUUCAUCCACUGGAUCGUCUGGGUCUGCUAUCAAUGAUGAGGUGGUUCCCGAUUUGGGGAAAUUGGAUGACCUUGCGGACUGUUUGUUGCAGAGUGUAACGUGGGUCGAAUGGCAGGUCAUGCGGGACCGCAUUGCGAGGGAUGGGGCUGCAGCGUUGGACUCGAUCCCAUAA